AACAGCAGACAAAAAUCACAGUAGUCUAUCCAUGUUUUGUUCAUCGGUGAGAGUCGUAGCCUCAUGGGACACACAACAGAGGCUCACCUACAACCCGAACGCUCCCCGGAAUCCCAAGAAAGACCCUAUCCCUAGCCGUAGCGUAAACCCUAAUUCCGUCACUCCCUCGCCAACGGUCACAUUAACCGCCGGUACAAACCAGUCCAUCUUUGACCUCCUCAAGCGGCCCAGCCAAGUUGUGGCAGUGAAAUUGGAUGAAGAUCAAUCCUAUAUGGGAUAUGAGAGAUGGUUGCCAAGUCCACCGAAAGUGGAGAAGCCUCGAUCAGUCUACAAUGCUACUUCACUAGCAUAUAUUGGUGAUUGCAUUUACGAGCUAUAUGCUCGCAGACACUUCUUAUUUCCACCAUUACAUAUCGAAGAGUACAAUGAACGUGUGAUGGCAGUAGUCCGUUGUGAGGCUCAGGAUGUUUUUCUCCAGAAACUUCUUGAUGAUGAUUACUUGUCAAGAGAAGAAAGGGAUGUCCUUCGAUGGGGAAAGAACAUUAUUUCAUCUAAAACAAAGACUAAAAGACGUGCUGGUGGUGCAGUUUAUAACAGAGCAUCUUCACUGGAAACAUUAGUUGGUUAUCUUUACCUGACAAAUGCUAAUCGACUGGACGAAGUCAUGCUAAAGCUGGGAUUCUGCACGGAUUCUUCUUCGCAGAUGAUUUUGGAGAAGCAAGUAGUGGGCAAACAAGAUAGUCAGUGAAGACAAGAUUUGAACCUCGGAUCAUGGUAUCAACAGUACAGCUCGACGAGGCAUUGACUGUUAAAUAAAGAAAAACCCUUGGGAAGUUAUGAUCCUUAUUUGUAUAAGCAUUGGAAAGAUGAGACCCUGGUUUUGUGUCUUGUUGAAACUAUUUAGAACUUGGGUCCAAUACAAUAUACAUUAUCUAAAUAUAGUACAAUUGACUAAUUCAGUUCUCAGUUUAUUGAUAUCAGAAUUAAAAUUGGUGGGUUCCAUUGUUGUUGCUUGUGGAUGGGAGAGGUGUGUGUAUUGUUUGUGAACUCGUGUGGGGCCAAUUUUAUAUUUGUUUAAGAAGUGCACUGUUUUGAAUAUUGUUUAUAAGAAGUUUUUAUUCAAGCUCA